AUGGUGCAGAUCCCGAUAACCGCCCUCCAGGUGGUUCUGAGCGCGUCGGAUGUCCGCUCCGGACUUCUUGCGCUCCAGGGGGUUGAUGUUGCUGCGGUGGAAGCGGCUGGUGGUGCCGAGUUGCAGGACAUUGUGCCUGUGGACCUGCUGGGGCCAGUGAGACGUGGGUUCCAGGUUACGGUUUCUGAUGCGUCUCUUGUUGCGGUUGGUCUGGGAGGGGCUGCGUUUCUGGCUUCGCUGGGAAUGGAAAGGAAGAGGAUUAUGGCUAAGGGGGGUGAGGCGUCUUGA